CCCAAACAUGACGGGACCCUUCACUGCCAGCGCGUACCAAAGCGCCCUCACGCCUCUUGUCCUCCUCCUCCACGGUCUCCCCAACUGAUACACACCAUGGCCUUCCCUCUGAGCCUGCCUGCUAACGCACCCCUGGUCACCCUCACCCGCCCAAAGGAGGCGCUUUGGGUCCUCGAGUUGCAUAAUGGAGAGGAUGCGCGACUGAAUGUCGAGCUGAUCGACGGUGGUAUUAAGCCUGCGCUGGACGCGGUGGAGAAGGACUGGCGCGCGCAGUGGCGCACGCAGAAGACGGACAAGACGAAGGGGAAGGGUGCACUUAUCAUCGUCGGAAAGAGGGAUCAAGACAAGUUCUUUAGCAAUGGACUGGACCUCGAGCGCGCGCUCGCAAACCCCAACUUCUUCAUCCACACCUUGCACCCCCUCUUCGUCCGGUUACUCUCCUUCCCCAUUCCCGUCAUUGCUGCCAUCAACGGCCACUGCUUCGCGGGCGGCUUCAUGCUGAGCCUCGCCUGCGAUUACCGCGUCAUGACCGAUGGUCUCAAACGCAACGCAUGGAUCUGCAUGAACGAGAUUCACUUCGGCGCACCCUGGCCGCACGCCUUCGCUGCCAUCUUGCGCGCGAAAGUCGGUGACCCGCACGUCCAUCGGCGGGUCGCGCUCGAGGGCCAGCGCUUCACGCCGCAGGAGGCGCUGAAGGCCGGGCUGAUCGACCGCAUUGCGAACGGCGGGACGACGGCCGACGUGCUCGCCGCCGCCGAGAAGCUUGCGGACGAGGUUGCCCCGUUGGCGAAGUCGGGUGCUUGGGGGUUGAUCAAGGAGGACUUGUACUAUGAUGCGUUGAAGGAGUCGUCGAAGAGGCCGCAGCCGCCCUCCGUGAAGUCUGCAGACGACCUUGCGAAGGCGCGUUUGUGAAGCUUCCGAGUGCGUGUGCCCGGAAAAGAAGACGAGUAAUUGUGCCUGCCGGCCGCCAUCUAUAUUGAUUCGCGUCUCUUGGCGGCUAUUCUUCGCUCGUAGUGGUUUGGUCUCUCCUGUAAGUCUCGUUAUCCUGACCGGCAUGUACCAUAGUCCUGCUUUAUGCCAGUCCGAAGCCAGCUCUACAAGUCCAAACUUGGUGCAAGUUCAA